GCCCGCGAUCACAUUCACAAGUCUCUCCCUACCACCCAGUUUUUUCUCCCCCGUUCCCCUCCCCUUCCUUGCCCACCUCCCCACGUUCCUCGAUCUCCCGCGCGCAAGAAACAAAACAACUUCCUCGAUGACAUGCAUCCUCUCGUCGGGGCGGCAGCAAUGCCGUAGCUAGGAUCGAUCAAAUGCGAUUGCCGGCCAAAACCAUGGUGUUUCUUGCCGUCGAGCACCAGAUCGCAUAAUCGAGGCGCAAAGACAACAAGAAAAAGUGCAACAUCAUGUCCAACAUCUUCGGCAAGAAAGGGAAGAGUUUCAGCGGCUCAGAACAUUGCACUCCGGCGCGGGUCCGGUUCAAGAGCGCGAGCCUGAAUUGCGUGGAUACGCCUAGAAAGCAGAAUGAGGACACCUGCAAAUACAGGGUGUUCGUCGGUACGUGGAACGUGGGAGGGAAAGCCCCAAACGACGGGCUCAACCUGCAGGACUUUCUCCAGGUGGACGAGACUUCCGACAUAUACGUCUUAGGGUUUCAGGAGAUCGUUCCCCUGACGGCGAGCAACGUGCUAGUCCUGGAGGACAACGAGCCGGCAGCGCGGUGGCUGGCGCUCAUCCACCAGGCGCUCAACAUGCCCCAGGAGCAGCACUACAUGGACACCGACGACCCGCCGCCAUUGCCGCCGCCGGAUCAGCCUAGCUCGGCGCACCGGCGACGCGAGCCCAGCCGGUUCGCCAGCUCCAGCGGCGGCGGCGGCGGGAGCCUCUUCUUCCAGACGCCGUCGCUCAAAGUGCUCAGCAACAGCUACCGCGUCGACAGCGCGCUCGUCAAGACCUGCAACUGCUCCGCCGAGCCUUCCUCCCUCCGCCGCCGCGCCGCCGAGCUCCGCGACUCCGUGCACCGCGCCGAGACGCCCCCUUCUUCUUCUUCUUCUUCUUCCUCCACGGGUGCGGAGAGAGAGACGUCGUCAUCGAGCAGCAGCAGCAACUGGAACGAGGAUGAUAAUGGAGGAGGAGAAGGCGAUGGCGGCGGCGGCGGCGGCGGCGGCGGGGGAGGGGGGAUGAGCUACUGCCUGAUCGCGAGCAAGCAGAUGGUGGGGCUGUUCCUGUCGGUGUGGGUGAAGAAGGAGCUGGUGGAGCACGUGGGGCACCUCCGGGUGGACUGCGUGGGGCGGGGUAUCAUGCGGUGGCUGGGCAACAAGGGCUGCAUCGCCAUGAGCAUGACGCUGCACCACACCAGCCUCUGCUUCGUCUGCAGCCACUUGGCCUCCGGGGAGAAGGAGGGCGACGAGGUCAGGCGGAACUCCGACGUCGCAGAGAUCCUCAAGAGCGCCCAUUUCCCUCGAGCCUGCAAGUCCAACAACGCCGGCCACCGUGUUCCCGAGCGGAUCCUCGACCACGACAAAAUGAUAUGGCUCGGCGACCUGAAUUACCGGGUCUCGUUGAGCUACGAGGAGACGAGGACGUUGCUGGAGGAGAACGACUGGGACGCGCUGCUGGAGAAAGAUCAGCUGAUGAUCGAGAGGGGAGCAGGGAGAGUGUUCGUGGGGUGGAAGGAAGGCAAGAUCAGCUUCGCGCCGACGUACAAGUACACGCACAACUCCGACGCCUACGCCGGCGAGACGGUCAAGUCCAAGAAGAAACGGAGGACGCCGGCAUGGUGCGACCGGAUACUGUGGCACGGCAACGGCGUGGAGCAGCUGCAGUACCUGCGAGGCGAGUCGAGGUUCUCCGACCACCGCCCGGUCUGCGGCGUCUUCGCCGUCGAGGUGGACGGCGGCGACGCCGCGGGCAAGAUGAGGAGCUGCUACUCGCUCGCCGCGAGGAUCAAGCCGGCGUCGCCGCAGAGGCACGGCGGCAACCCUGCUUCCUGUGACACCUCGUCGUAGCCGGCCUGCGUCCGUUAAGUAGCUGUAUGAUUAAUUGGUAGGUAUACUAGCUUGAUUACCAAGGGCAAGGGUCAGAGGAGAUUGUGGCGACCAUUGACAGCGUGACACCGCAUUCAAAUUGUCUGCAGUUUUGUCACACUAAUCUCCUCUGUUACUAACUGAAAGCAUAAUAUGUAUGGUUUAUUUUUUUUGGUUUUCAUCACCAUUGGACACUGUCCCUUUCCAAAAAGGAAACGUUAUACUUAUGUCAA